AUGCUUCUGUUGCCAGGCAAGAUUGGCCCCUUCCACUACAUUACUUCCUUCUUGCAAAACAACGGAGCUCGCCAUGACGAAUUUCAUGUCGAAUCUCCUGUCCGGGGUGGCAAAGGCGACAAGCCGAGCCCCCUCGACAUCUCUCCUCGCCCGACAACUCCUUCCAACGAAAAUCAGGGCUUCCUCGACCCCGUCUUAACACCUCAAGGUAGCCCAAGCAAGAAGACCACGGUCCCGGGCGCUUUCGAUCUGCCUACUGCCUUUGACGGGGCCCUCAAGCUCAACGCUCCCGUCUUGGAGAGUCCUGUUAAGCUCAACCGCCCACAAAGCGUCAUCACACCUCUGUCGCCCGGCAAGAGCAAUGCUCAGCCAAACGAGGAGACGUCGAUUACGAGCGUCGACGAUAGCAUCACGAGCCGGCCUGUCACUCCCGCGAAGAAAUUCAACACCUCCCGCGGCCUCACCCCAGAGGAGCUGGAAAUCCUUCAGAAGCCCCAUGUGAAGAGGCUAGUCAAUGUGACCCAGCUAUAUUAUUACUUCGACCUGCUCACCUAUGUCGGCUCGCGCCAAAGCCGCCUAAAUGCCUUCAAGGCCGAGUACCCUGCCCCUCCAGACACGGAACAGGCAACAUAUGACCACAUGUGGCACAAGUACACAGGUAGAGAGCGAGCGAACUUGCGCAAGCGCCGCGUCCGUCUCCGACAUGGCGACUUCCAGAUCCUUACACAAGUCGGCCAGGGCGGCUAUGGCCAAGUCUUCCUCGCCCAGAAGAAGGACACUCGAGAAGUCUGUGCCUUAAAGGUCAUGAGCAAGAAGCUACUCUUCAAGCUCGAUGAAAUCAGGCACGUCCUCACUGAGCGAGACAUCUUGACCACGGCGAAGAGCGAAUGGCUCGUCCGACUUUUGUAUUCAUUCCAGGACGACAAGAGUAUUUAUCUUGCCAUGGAAUACGUACCGGGCGGUGAUUUCCGAACCCUUUUGAACAACACGGGCGUCCUUUCCAACCGACAUGCGCGAUUCUACAUUGCCGAGAUGUUCUGCGCCGUGGACGCUCUUCAUCAACUCGGAUAUAUUCACCGUGACCUCAAGCCGGAGAAUUUCUUGGUCGACUCGACUGGCCAUAUCAAGUUGACCGACUUUGGUCUCGCCGCCGGCAUGUUGUCUCCCGCAAAAAUCGAGUCGAUGAGGGUUCGCCUGGAGAAGGCUUCGGAGACGUCGGUACCCUUCGGAAAACCCAUGGAUCAGCGAACCGUGGCUGAGCGCCGAGAGGGUUACCGAACGAUGCGUGAAAAGGACGUCAACUACGCCCGGUCCAUUGUCGGCUCCCCGACUACAUGGCACCAGAGUCUUGGAUGCAUGCUAUUCGAGGCGCUUACCGGUUUCCCGCCUUUUGCUGGGUCUACGCCUGACGAGACCUGGAGAAAUUUGAAGCAUUGGAAGGAGGUUCUCCGGAGACCUGUUUGGGAAGACCCCAACUACUUCCUGAGCAACAGAACAUGGAACUUUAUCACUACCUGUAUUCAAUCCCGAUCCCGACGAUUCUCCAACAUCAAGGAUAUAUACGCCCACCAAUACUUUGCCGAGGUGGACUGGGAGACCCUUCGCGAGACGCGCGCGCCCUUCGUGCCUGAGUUAGAUUCCGAGACCGAUGCGGGCUAUUUCGACGACUUUAGCAACGAAGCGGACAUGGCCAAGUAUAAGGAGGUGCAUGACAAGCAACAGGCGCUCGAAAACUUGGCGGAACGUGAAGAGGAGAUGAGCAAAAGCCUUUUUGUUGGAUUUACCUUCCGGCAUCGCAAACCGCAGGGCGAGGAUGGCAGCAGCAGCCCUCGUAAGCCGAUCCCCUUGGACGGCACUUUUGGCACGAUGCUCUAG